UUCCUUUCCCUAAUUCAUCACCUUAAUUUCACUCCCACCAUUUCUCAAAGGUUCCAACAGCAACAUGGCCACCCUAGCACCGGGAAUUCUACUGAAGCUCCUUAACGGGUUAAAGACGGGAGUGAAACCCACGAGCGAGCACCGCAACUCGCUCUUGCAGGUCACCGACAUUGUCCCCGCCGAUCUGGACGAGAAAAACCUCAUUCCCAAACAAGGCUUCUACAUCAAAGUCUCCGAUUCCUCACACUCCAUCUACGUAAGCCUUCCCUCCGACCAAGACGACGUCGUUCUCAGCAACAAAAUGCAGCUAGGUCAAUUCAUCUACGUCGACCGCUUAGAACCGGGUUCUCCGGUUCCCGUUCUCAAAGGCGCUAAACCCCUUCCCGGUAGACACCCUCUCGUGGGAACCCCCGAACCUUUAUUGGGCCUCAAACAAAAGACCAGUUCGGCUCCCAGAAGAGGUUCAUGGGGAACAGGGCCCAAUGCUGAUGCCCUUUCAUCUCCUAUGCCUUUCAAGCCCGUUAAUUUGGACUUUGACCAAUGUACCCCUGUGAAAGUGAAGAAUAAUACCAGUUUCUCACCUUUGAUUAGAGGCAAAGUUGGAAGAGACAUGACUCCGGUUUCUUCUGUGCGGUGCUCCCUUGGUGGAGCGCUCCUAUCAAAAAUGAGUGACGCAAAAGGAGAAAGCCCUGCAUUGCUUAGAAAAAGCUGCUUGGUAACAACUUCUAAUGCAAAGUUUUCAAGGAGUAAGAGUGUUUGUGAACGUGAAAAUAAGAUUCCUUUUAGUCCCUUCAAGUCAGCUGAAAAGAAAAGUGGGACUCCACCUCCGCGUUUGAGAAAUGCAAGAGUGGCAACUUCCUCUGGCGAUGCUCACAUUCAAAACUCGGACUCCACUUCGCAGCCGCAAUCUCAGUCUACUACUAAUUCAGCUUUUGAUGAUUGCAACAAUCUUAGCCUCCCCAUGAAUUUACCAGGAAAAUUGAGCUCACUUGGCAAGGAAGCUGUGCAGCAAAGAGAGGUGGCUCAAAAGCUUGCUCUUCAAGCAUUAAGAGAUGCUUCUGCUACUGAGACAGUAGUUCGGUCCUUGAAGAUGUUCUCAAAUUUAUGCAAGUCAGCUAGAGCUGAUGCUCCUGCAGCUUGUUUUGAACGGUUUAUGGAAUUUCAUAACGAUAUUGUACAAGCAGUUAAUGAAAUGAUAUCUAUUCAAGCAGCUACUAUAGCUUCAGAUUUGGCUCAGAAAUCAGAUAAACAAGAAUCUCAGGUUUUACAUGAAGUUAUGGACAAUUGCAUGGACCAAUCUGGGAACUCUGAAUCAAACUUGUCUAAAAGAAGGUGUGCUUUGUACAAGUCAAUGGCUACAAUUCCUGAAAAACCCGAGAACAAAACAAACAUGGGGAAGCUCCUAAGAUCCAGUACCACCCAGAAGGAGCUUUUGGAUAAGAAAGGUUCCAAAAUGCCACUGGAACCUAUUGUUGAAAAUGAUGAGAACAAGAAACCAGGAUCAUGCAGCAGCUUAAGCAAUACGAUCAAACUGGGAAGGCAAAUUGAAACCGAAUCUGGAAAUUGGUUUAUGGAGUUCAUUGAGAAGGCCUUGGAAACUGGUUUGAAGAAAACAAAAGAUUCAGCUGGGGAUGUUAAGAAAGUUCCUCAGUCUCUAUUACUUAAAGUUAUGAACUGGGUUGAGGUAGAGCAGUGCCACAGUAACAAGAGGCCUAGUCAUCCCAAAGCACCACAGAUUGCUCGAAAGUUAAGAAUAAAGAUGAAAAACCCUUGA